CGCAGCAAAAGGCCAUUUUGAUUAGUAACAUGGCGUCAGGCGAGAUUAAUAUGGCGUCCUCAGACAUAAUAACCGAAGUUGAAAUACAACCGGACAUCCAGGAGGUAGAAAUCGAAACGAUACCCGUUGAAAUACCGUGUGAAACUGUUGAAACAACAAUUGAGGGUGAAGACGGCCAGCCAAUAAUAUCCCUCCAACCACUCCCCGAGCCAGGACGUGAGGAAAUCAUACUACAGACGCAGGAGGAAAUCGUCGGUGGUGAUCCCCUGAGCGUUUACGAUCAAAUACCAGUGCCAGACAACGAUAUUUAUGUUGAAUCGAGUCCAGGGCCAUCGCGAAAAGCAACAAAGAAAGCGAGAAAAGGUGGUAAUUCACGAUUUCGAGGGCCCGAUCACACGAUAUUCGGGGAAAUGGGGACUGAAACCAAAGCGAGAAAGUGGGAGCAGAAGCAAGUGCAGAUCAAGACACUCGAGGGUGAAUUUUCGGUGACAAUGUGGGCGUCUGGGACUGACGACGGGAGUGUCCUAUUAGCGUCUCACCUGGUGGAUGUUCCAGAUGAGGGCUCAAAUCCCGAGCCUGAUCCAGAUUACACCGAGUACAUGACAGGAAAGUCGUCGACAAAAUUCAAUCACUCUGGCAGUUCAGUGUCGGACGGUAUGCCAGGCUUAGAUCUCUCAGAUCCAAAACAACUGGCUGAAUUUGCCAGGCCUGGGCACAAAAUGAAAGUACGCAAACCACCGGCUAUGGAUGGAGUUGAACGUACCAUUGCCUGUCCCCACAAAGGCUGCACCAAGAUGUUUCGUGAUAAUAGUGCAAUGAGAAAACACUUGCAUACACAUGGGCCCAGGGUGCAUGUGUGCGCCGAGUGUGGUAAAGCCUUUGUGGAGAGUUCGAAACUUAAGAGGCAUCAGCUCGUUCACACGGGGGAAAAGCCAUUCCAGUGUACGUUCGAGGGAUGCGGCAAGAGGUUCAGUCUUGAUUUUAACUUGAGGACCCACGUCAGGAUCCACACGGGGGACAGACCUUACGUCUGUCCGUUCGAUGGCUGCAGCAAGAAAUUUGCACAGUCUACCAAUCUCAAGUCACACAUAUUGACACAUGCGAAAGCAAAAUCGAGAAAUUCCAUUGGCAGACAAGUAGCACAAAUCCAGCUCCAACAGCCCCAAUUUGUCCAGGUUGAAGUGGCAGACGUCGACAACCAGCAGUUCAUCGUCUACGCAGAUUAGCCCCCCUAAACCUACUGCCCUCCCCUAUUACUUUUCUUUUCAUCCCUUGACGAAACCUAAUUAUUCUCAUAAUAUCGUAAUCAUUUACGUGAGUAAUCCCAGAACUGUGUACAUAUUUACAAAAGAAGAAAGGAAAAAAAAAGAGAGAAAACGAAGGAAAAAAAAGGAUUGUGGCGCUUAUAGAGAAGAAUUAAAAGAUAAUUUUCACAAUUUAAACUGUCACAUGAUUUAUCAGCUCCGUGUUUUUUAUGAUAAAAAAAAUAUAGAACAGUGAUGAUUGAAAUUAACUGAACACCAGGGAGCACAACACGACUGCGAGGCAAAUGAAGUAAGAGUGAAGAAGAAUAACUGAACAAGUGAUGUAAACUGGUAGUUGUACUUCUUGGGGGGGAAAUGCGAGAUAGACUGAUGGCGCACUGCUCAAUUUAAUGUCAAAAGAGAGAUGAUUAACGAAUAAAUGAUUGAAUUUCCAACAAUCUAGUGCGUGCUCGUCGAAAUACAUGACUGUAUAUAUUUAUAAGUGAAAGUUAAAUAUUGUAUACAGUAUAUUUUGGAAGAUAAUGAUAAUUCAGAAUAAAAUCAUGAAAGAAUUCUUUCUCUGCGAGGAAUAAAUGGUAAAUCAAUACAACAAUUGUCGAAACUUUAAUUUUUAAACGGUUGGGGAAUUGAUGUUUCGUGUCCUGGAGCUUUUUAAAUUGUUUUCGGGAAUAUGUCGACGAGCGGUAAUCAUAAAUUGAAUGGCUCGUGGUUCUGCAGCUUUUUAAUUCAUUUGUGGUCUUCUUGGUUUAGGUCAUUUUCCUCUGGAGUUGGUCUAGGGCUGUAUUUUUCUCGAAAAUUUAUAUUUUGAAAUUAAUUUCUCCCUUUUUUGCCAUUGUUUCCGAAAAUUUUUGUUAAUUUAAUUUUGUUUGAAGUUUAAUUCUCAGAAGUGAAGUUAUGAUUGAAUUUUUCGCAUUUGUUGAGUACUAAAGAAUUAAAUUCUCUUGAAUUGACAACAUAAAUCUAAAAUUCGUGAUGAAUGCCAUUUUAUGAAAAUCAUAAAUUUCAAUGGAUGUUUGACUUAAGGUCUCUCAUCAGUCAUUGAAAAUUGAACUUUCAUUUCAAUUUUUUGAGUCUUAAAGACAAUUUUUUUAGUGAAAAAUUAUCGGAAAGAAUUUAUUCAAAAAUAAAUUUUAGCUCUGGGAAACUUAAAAAAAGAAAAUUCCAUACGAGAAAGUUUUGAGGAGAAAUAUAGCCCCGAUGGAUUCUGCUAUGCGUUAGAGAAUGGGAAUUAUUCACAAUUGAGCAGUAUGAAGGGGGAAAAAAUGUGCAAAAGUCGUGUUUUUAUUACGGGUCUGAUAAGGUCGAGUGUUAGUAAUACGAUGAUUCAACAUGUAGCCUUAAAAAUGAACUUUAUUGAGUUUGUUAAUAACAAUACGAGGAUUUAUUCGGAGAGCAAACGAAAAAUUUGAGAGAAGAAAUGAGCUUUGACAUCCGAUAAUUCCAUUGGCCUAUUAUAUUAAUAGCGGAUAUGUAUAAGUGAUUAGGAAAAUUGGAGUAACUGUACACCUCGACGUUACGAAUAUUACCUUGGAGUUAAAAUACAUCAUUAACGUUU